AUUAAAACAAAAUUUUGACAAAAGAGUAGACUAUGGAGAAGUUGACUCUAGUGGUUGCUUUCUUGCUUCUUUCAUCAAUCUUUAUUCAACCUCUCACGGCUCAGUCCAGUUGCAAAGGGGUGAAAAAGGAUACAUGGCCAGAACUUCUUGGAGUACCAGCAAAAUUGGCUAGGGGAAUUAUUCAGAAGGAAAAUCGAAAAUUAACUAAUGUUUCAAAUGUGCUGAAUGGUUCUCCCGUGACAAAAGAUUUUCGAUGUGAUCGAGUUCGUCUUUUUGUUAAUGUGUUGGGGUAUGUUGUACAGACUCCCCGUGUUGGUUAGGGAGAAAAAAAAUUUACUCACAUUGAGUGUUUUAAAUAUAUGUCUAUUAGCCCCAAGAAAAUAAAUUGGAGUCGUGUGGCUAAUGCUCCGUGCAUGUGUGUACUAUUUGGUGAUAAAUAAG